UAUCUCAAAACACAAAGUUUUCUCUUCAGCCAAGCAAUCAUCUUCUCUCCUUUUCCUUCCAAAUCCUAAGAAACACUCACUCUCAACCCCUCACAUAAAUCAAAAUAUGGCUCUUAACAUCACCACCACCAAUACCACCGUCCCCAGUCUGGCCAAGGCAGCAAGUCUUCCUAGGAGGGCUUAUGUCACUUUCUUGGCCGGGAACGGUGACUAUGUUGAGGGCGUGGUGGGUUUGGCCAAGGGCUUGAGGAAGGUCAAGAGCAAGUACCCACUUGUGGUGGCCAUCUUGCCGGGCGUUCCUGAGGAUCACCGGAAGAUUCUGGUGGAGCAAGGGUGCAUUGUCAAGGAAAUUGAACCAGUGUACCCGCCGGAGAACCAGACCCAGUUUGCCAUGGCCUACUAUGUCAUCAAUUACUCCAAGCUUCGUGUAUGGAACUUUGUGGAGUACAGUAAGGUGGUAUACUUGGAUGGUGAUAUUCAGACAUGGAGCCACACUCCUCAGUACAGGAUCGGAUACUGCCAGCAGUGUCCGGACAAGGUUCAGUGGCCGGCAGAGUUGGGUCCCAAGCCUCCUCUCUACUUCAACGCCGGCAUGUUCGUUUUUGAGCCUAGCCUCUCCGUCUAUGAUGAACUCUUGAGGAAGCUCAAGAUCACCCCUCCCACUCCUUUCGCCGAACAGGACUUCUUGAAUAUGUUCUUCAGGGAAAUUUACGAGCCAAUUCCACCGAUUUACAACCUGGUUUUGGCGAUGCUAUGGUGGCAUCCGGAGAACAUUGAGCUGGAGAAAGUGAAGAUGGUGCACUACUCCGCCGCCGGGUCCAAGCCGUGGAGGUUCACUGGAAUAGAACAGAACAUGGACAGGGAAGAUAUCAAGAUGUUGGUGAACAAAUGGUGGGAUAUUUACAUUGAUGAGUCACUGGACUAUAAUAAUUAUGUGGCUUCCGGUGAGGAUGAGGUGGUGAGCCGGCAACCGUUCCUGGCGGUGCUGUCGGAGGCCGGCAUUCUGCCGAAAAGGGUGCAUCUUAGCUUGACUCAAAAUAACUUGGAGGAAUUGAAAGAUAUAUAUCACGGAUGGUCUACCGAGCGUCGCCGCGAAUUCGAUCGAAAGUUUGGGCACAUAGGACUCCUUCUAUUUACUACAAUAGAUGAAGCAAUGCUUAAGGCAGCAAUACACUUUUGGGAUCCCAGGUACCGUGUCUUUGUAUUUGGUGAAGUUGAUAUGACUCCUACUCUUGAAGAAUAUGCAGCCCUGCUUAGAAUCGCAAGUGCAACAUCAGGAAAAAUAUAUAAUAAGCAUGAUGCUUGCUAUGAAUUUAAGAGAAAAUUAGCAAAGAUCAUGGGCAUCCAGGUUCAAGAACUUGAAGGUUUGAUUACAAAGAACGGGGAAAAUGAAGGAAUACCAUGGUAUGGACUGCGAGACUUCAUUCUUGGAAAUCCUGACAAGCCAGUUACUUUGAAUGCCUUUGCUCUAGCAAUCUAUGGAUUGGUAUUGUUCCCCAAGGCUUCGGGAUAUGUUGAUAGAAAAAUUGUCAACCUGUUUGAUCAAUUGUUGGACAACGCUAACCCCAUCCCAGUUAUACUGGCUGAAACUUUCCGGUCGUUGAAUCACUGCAGAAUCAAUGGGCAAGGGAGGUUCACAGGAUGUGCUCAAUUGCUAACAAUAUGGCUGAAAAGCCAUUUCGAGUGCCUCCACAGUGAAUUCAAGGAUCCUAAUGUUGGAGAUAGGUUCCCCAUAGAAGAAUUCAAUAUGAGUACAUGGCCCAGACCAAUCUCGGAACAUGCCUGGAUGGAGAACCUGCGAAGGGUGACUGCAACAAAUGUGAUAUGGAAGGCCCCAUGGAUGGAUCAUCCCCCAUUGCUAUACCGUUGUGGGAACUACCCAUGGGUACCCUUGUUAGGCUUGUGGGGAGCAACUGCCUAUGCACCUGCUUUGGUUAGAAGGCAGACUGGAUCUUUACAAUUCAUGCCAGUGAUAUCCAAGCUUGACACAUUUGGGUUUGAAUAUGGAAUUCCAGGGACCAGCGACCGCAUUUUUUCUGUAUGUGAGGCCUGGAAAAACAUCCAUCGUGUGGCUGCUGGGGCAUAUACCGAUAUAACUACCCCGGGAUAUCCCGAAUGGCGAGCAAAUCGGUUAAGGGGCUUCGUUAUCCCAGAGCCAUUCGAGCCUGAAAGAAAUGAUGAAACGGAUGACCAGUCCGAGGAAAGGGAGAUACAGUACGAUGCAUGGCCAUUUUAGUUUUUCAAUUUUUAAUUUUAAAUACCUUGGGUCUUCAAAUAAUUUUAAGCACUUUUU